AUGCUUGCACUAAGCCAGGCCGAAACCCCCAUGUACCUGAAAAGAGUCUUCCAGGACUACUUUUCCGGGAGGUCAGCCGAAACCUCGGCUGGAGACCAAAAAGUGGAGAUACAGGUGUCGAGUGGCGUUCCGCAAGGCUCUGUCGUCGGCCCGCUUCUCUGGAACCUCGCCUAUGAUCGGAUUCUCCAACUCCAACUCCCGAGGGGGUCCAGACUGAUCGGCUUCGCUGACGACACCUUAGUCGUAAGCUCGGGCAAAUCCAUUCCAGAGCUGGAAACAACAGCCAAUGAGACGCUCUCUUUGGUUUCCGAUGAGAUCCGGAACAUGGGUCUGUCACUGGCAGUUCACAAAACCGAGGCGGUCGUGUUCUCCAACAAAUACAAGUAUGAAACCCCAAGGCUGAUACUUGACGGGCAAACUAUCCAGCCGAAGGACAAGAUGAAAUACCUGGGGAUGAUAGUGGAGCGCGGCCUACUCUUCAAGGACCACAUCGUCGAAGCCGCAUCUAAGGCGGAAAAAAUGUCAAGCGCCCUAGGGAGACUUAUGCCCAAUAUUGGAGGCCCAAAAGAGUCUAGAAGGAAACUUCUGUUAUCAGUCACGACGUCGAUUCUCCUCUACGGAGCACCAUCAUGGGCGGAGACAAUGUCCCUGGUCCCGAGAAACAAAUCACUGGUGAAUGGCGUGCAGCGAAAGGCGCUACUCCGAAGCAUCUGCGGCUACCGGACAGUUUCGGAAACAGCAACAAGCAUCUUGGCUGGCACGCCGCCUGCCGACCUUCUGGCGGAGGAACGCAGUGCCUCGUUCAGCGAAAGGAGGUCUGGAGUACGCAGUGAGUUCUCUCCCCGCGCCUCAACAAUGGCGAAGUGGAAAGCCCGCAUCGCCGAGUCUACAUCCGGUGAAUGGAGCAAACGGUUAAUCCCCGACGUUGAAAGGUGGUGCCUCGGCAAACAAGGGGACCUAGACUUUCAUUUAACCCAAAUCCUUUCUGGACAUGGUUGCUUUGGAGUCUACCUCCACAGAAUCGGCAAAGAGCAGUCAGACGCAUGCCACCACUGCAACUCAUGCCGCGACAGCGCGGAACACACGUUGGUCGAAUGCCCGGCAUGGGUCGAGGAGAGGCUGCAGUUGGAACGCGCGACCGGUGGAACGGUAUCAGUAGACAACCUAGUGCCUGCCAUGCUGUCCACUCACGCAAACUGGCAGGCCGUCAAAGACUUUGCCAGAGCGGUGAUGAGUAAGAAAGAGUCUGACGAAAGAGACAGGGAGCGUCCAGGCGGACCAAGACCAAGGAGGGCUUAG